GGCUCCACUCAGGACCAUGAGCACAGGCUUCCCCGGGGCCCACCGAGGGCUGAGGAUGGCCGUCCAGCCCACUACCCGGGGCCCCCCUCGGACGGCUGCAUCGUCCUAGCGCCAGGACGGAGGGGCCAUGCCUGGGGAGCGCCCCCGAGGAGCGCCACCCCCCGCCAUGACUGGAGACCUGCAGCCCUGCCAAGUUGCCAGCAGCCUGGGGCGCCCCUCCCAGCCCCCACUGGAGGACAACACCCCAGCCAGCAGGACCACCAAGGAUGCCAGGGAGGCUGGCGGUCGGGCCCAGGCCAUGGAGCUCCCCGAGGUCCAGCCGAGGCAGGCCAGGGAUGGGGAGCCCAAGCCCCCACCCCUGAGAGGCCAGGCCCUGAGCAGCACCCCUGGGAAUGGGGGCAGCCCCCAGACCCCGCCAGGGAGAAGCCCCUUGCAGGCUCCCUCAAGGCUGGCGGGCAGGGCAGAGGGCAGCCCCCCGCAGUGCUACAGUCUCAGCAUCGCCAGCUCAAGGACCAAGCCCAUCCUGGACAAGACACCAGAGAACCCACAGCUGGAGGCUGCCCAGCUCCCUGAAGCGGAGGCCCCCCGGGCCCUUGGGACUGGAACUCCACUCAGGCCAGGCCUCCCAAGGACUGAGGCCCAGUCCACAGCCGAAGAGCUUGGCUUCCACAGGUGCUUCCAGGAGACACCCUCCAGCUUUACCUCCACCAACUAUACCUCACCAAGUGCCACCCCCAGACCCCCAGCCCCGGGGCCCCCCCAGAGCAGGGGCACCAGCCCCCUCCGGCCCGGUUCCUAUCCCGAAUUCCAGGCCAGUGGGGCCGACUCCUGGCCUCCCGCUGCUGAGAAUAGCUUCCCAGGUGCUAAUUUCGGGGUUCCCCCCGCCGAGCCGGAACCCAUUCCCAAAGGCAGCAGGCCCGGCGGCAGCCCCAGGGGAGUUUCCUUCCAGUUCCCCUUCCCGGCACUGCAUGGGGCCAGCACAAAACCCUUCCCUGCGGAUGUGGCUGGGCAUGCAUUCACCGACGGGCCACUGGUGUUUGCCUUCCACCAGCCCCAGGGAGCGUGGCCGGAGGAGGCCGUGGACACGGGCCCUGCCUACCCGCUGCCCACCCAGCCUGCACCCUCACCCCUGCCCUGCUACCAGGGCCAGGCAGGUGGCCUCAACCCCCACAGCAACCUCAGUGGUGCCCUCUCUCCCCCUGGAGCUGCUCACUCGGCCCCGAGACCCUUCUCCAACAGUUUGCACAAGAGCCUGACCAAAAUCCUUCCUGAAAGACCAGCUUCAGUCCAGGAUGGGCUGGGGAGUACAAGAGGGCCUCCUAGCUCCCUACCCCAGAGGCACUUUCCAGGGCAGGCAUACGGAGCUAGCGGGGUGGACACCAGCCCGGGGCCUCUGGACACUGAGCUGGCUGCCCCAGGGCCCCCACCCGCCAGGCUGCCCCAGCUGUGGGAUCCCACAGCAGCCCCCUACCCCACGCCUCCCGGGGGCCCCCUGGCUGCCACCAGGAGUGUGUUCUUUAACGGCCAGCCCAGCCCAGGCCAGCAGCUCUGCCUGCCCCAGAGUGCCCCCCUGCCUUGGCCCCAGGUGCUCCCGACCGCUGGGCCAAGCCCCCAUGGAAUGGAGAUGCUGAACCGGCUGCCUUUCCCUGCGGGGGCCCCCGAGUGGCAGGGGAGCAGCCAAGGAGCCCUGGGCACUGCUGGCAAGACACCGGGACCCGGGGAGAAGCUGCCAGCCGUGAGAAGCAGCCCAGGCGGCUCCCCGGUGCUAUUCACCUACAACGGAAUGACAGACCCUGGAGCCCAGCCCCUGUUCUUCGGGGUGGCUCAGCCCCAGGUUUCACCCCACGGGACACCCAGCCUGCCCCCAGCCAGGGUGGUGGGAGCCUCCCCCAGCGAGUCCCCGCUGCCGUCACCAGCCACCAACACGGCCGGCAGCACCUGCUCUUCCCUGUCGCCGAUGUCCAGCAGCCCUGCCAACCCCAGCUCAGAGGAAAGCCAGCUCCCCGGCUCACUCGGGCCCCCGGCCUUCCUCCACCCACCCACUCCCCCCCAGGAGACGGGCAGCCCCUUCCCGUCCCCGGAGCCCCCCCACUCCCUCCCCACCCACUACCAGCCAGAGCCAGCCAAGGCCUUUCCUUUUCCCGCAGAUGGGCUGGGAGCCGAGGGUGCCUUCCAGUGCCUGGAGGAGACCCCAUUCCCCCACGAGGGCCCUGAGGUGGGCCGGGGAGGGCUGCAGGGCUUCCCCCGCGCGCCGCCCCCGUACCCCACACACCACUUCUCCCUCAGCAGUGCCAGCCUGGACCAGCUGGAUGUGCUGCUGACCUGCAGGCAGUGUGACCGCAACUACAGCAGCCUGGCGGCCUUCCUGGCACACCGGCAGUUCUGUGGCCUGCUCCUGGCCAGGGCCAAGGAUGGCCACCAGCGGUCCCCAGGCCCCCCUGGGCUCCCCUCGCCCACCGCUGCCCCCAAAGUCCCCGCCGACGCACAUCCGGGCCUGCUCAACCACACGAAGACCUUCCUGUUAGCUGGGGACGUCCAGGCGGAGGGUAAAGACGACCCGCUGAGGACGGGCUUCUUGCCCAGCCUGGCCGCCACCGCCUUCCCGCUCCCUGCCUCGGACCUGGAUAUGGAAGACGACGCCAAGCUGGACAGCCUCAUCACCGAGGCGCUCAACGGCAUGGAGUACCAGUCGGACAACCCCGAGAUCGACAGCAGCUUCAUCGACGUCUUUGCGGACGAGGAGCCUUCCGGUCCCAGAGGUCCCAGCACUGGACAGCCCCCUAAGACCAAGGCGGGGGUGACUCCGGAGAACAAAGCUCCGCCCCCGCUCCCAGCGGCCACGCCGGACCCCCAAACCCCCCGCCCUGGGGACAGGGGCGGCCCAGCCCGAGGCAGGCCCAAAACGCGUUCCCUGGGUCUGGCCCCCAUCGAGGCGGAUGCGCCCAGCCAGGGCCGGCAGCAGAGAAGAGGGAAGCAGCUGAAGCUGUUCCGGAAGGAUCUGGACUCGGCCAGCGCAGCAGAGGGGUCGGGCGGGGGCGGCAGAGCCUCCGGCCUGAGGCCCAGGAGGAAGGGCAGUCUCGGGGAGCGGCCCCCACCCCGCCCCCGGGGCCUUGGAACUCAGGCCCCCCAAGGCCGUGCAGAGCCCGCCCCCCAGUCUCGGGGAGCCGCCGCCCUCCGCGAGGAGACCCGGAGCUCCCAGCGCCUCCGGCUGCCCCCCAAGAAGGACCCCAGGAGGAGGAAGGCUCGGGGCGGCACCUGGGGCAAGGAGCUCAUCCUGAAAAUCGUGCAGCAGAAGAACAAGCGCUACCGGCGGCUGGGGCUCGGGCGGCAGGCGGGCAGGCGCGGCUCCCGGGCGGCGGAGAGGCCCCAGCCCUGUGCCGAGGACCGCAGGCUCCGCGAGUACGACUACGCCUCGGAGUCCGAGGAGGACGAGCAGCCUCCGCAGCGGGGCCCCGGCUUCAGAGGCCGGCGGUGCCGAGGCGAGAAGAGGAAGGAAGUGGACUUGACCCCGGGUCCCAGAGAGGAUGGAGAGCAGCAGAAACCCCGGAAGGCAGUGAGGCAGGAAGCCGGUGGGGACGGAGCCCCCCCGAACCCCGAGGAGCCAGGCAGGCCUCGCCCAGGCCCCGGCAGGAGCCCUCAGGCCCAUGGCCCAUCUCGAAGCCUGGAGGCGGGAGCAGCCACCGGGGAGAGAGGCCCCAAGUGUGCUGAUCGCCCCUCAGUGGCCCCCAAGGAUCCCCUGCAGGUCCCCACCAACACCGAGACCCCAGAGGAAACCCCGCCAUCGCUGGACUUGCCCCAGGAGGCCAAGGAGCCUGAAAUUGCCAAAGAGUCACCCCCAGACACCGCAGAAUUCACAGAGCCUUUGCGUUCUCCUCCAGCCGCCUGUGUGGGAGAAAGCCGCCCUCUCCUGACGCCAGAGCAGCCGCAGCCCAGCAGACAUGACGCCGGCACCCCCAAGUUAUCGGGAAGCCUCGCCAACAGGGAGCCCCACGGAAGCUCACCAGCGCCAGGUGUGGGCAGCCUGCUGGGUGGUCCUGCGUGCACACAGGCCCCUGUCUCCCACAACAGCGAGGACCCCCCUGCCCACCAGCCUGGAGAAUUUCUGGCACCCUUGGCUAACCCCUCCAGUACCGCCUGCCCCAAACCCAGUGUUCUGUCUUCAGAGAUCUCCAGUUUGGGCUGUGACCCUGCUGGUUUUAACGGAGACCCCUUGGGGGUUCCAGUUGCCGAAAAGGGGCCUCAGUCCUACAGCAGCCCCCACGGUGAGUUGUUCUUUGGACCCAAAGACCUGGCUGGCUGUUUCCUGGAAGAACUGCACCCCAAGCCCUCAGCCACUGAUGCCCCGCCGGCCAGCAGCUCCUGCCUUUGCCAGGAUGGCGAGGAUGCCGGUUCCCUUGAGCCACAGCUGCCUAAGAGGCCACCUGGCAUGGCUGAAACGGACCCAGGCAGAGCCGCGUCGCCACUGACCUUGGAGUCCACAUCCCUUUUCCCAGACCUGCCGGUGGACAGAUUUGACCCACCCCUCUAUGGCAAGCUGUCUGCAAACAGGGACCCCCAGCUGCCAUUCGCAUGUGCCGACCCUCCCCAGAAGACGCCACCGUUAGAUCCACCGUACCCCUCUUUUUUGCUGCUUGAGGAAGUAUCCCCGAUGCUGCCUAGCCAUUUUCCUGAUCUCUCGGGGGGAAAGGUGCUCAGUAAGACGUGUCCCCCUGAACGGAGAGUGGCUCCCGGUGCCCCGCCUUUGCCUCGGAAGGGGAGCGGAUGUAGUGUCGCUCUUAUGAGUCACCUGUCCGAGGACGAACUGGAGAUCCAGAAAUUGGUCACCGAGUUAGAAAGUCAGCUGCAAAGAAGCAAAGAAACGCAUGGGGCCCCGAGAGAGCUUGGAGAAGCUGAGCCUGUGGGCCGGGUGGAGCUGGACACAGGCACAGAGCCACCCUCCCAACGGCACACCUGCCAGGCCACUGCGCCCCACAGGGACACGUUCUCAGCAGCUGACCUCACGGGCGUUGGGGAAUCUACCGCACAUCGAGAGGGUAUGGAAACGGCUGUGGCCACCGUGGAAGGAGUUCAGGGGAGGCCCAGGGAGACAUGGCCCUGCCCAGCCUCCUUCCAUCCGGGAGAGGCAGCCCUUCUCCCCUGUGCCCAGGAAGACCUGGUUUCUGGGGCUCCUUUCAGCCCCAGGGGAGCCAACUUCCAUUUUCAGCCGGUGCAAAAAGCCAAAGCCUCCAAGACUGGACUCUCCCAGGCAGAAGGAAACAGCGGGAUCCCCCCAGAUAUCUGCCUGCCUGACCCCGGCAAACAGCCGGGGCCACGGCUGGAUGCCGGGAGCUUAGCAAAGUGCAGCCCCAACCAGGAACUUUCAUUUCCUAAGAAUAAGGAGGCCACCAGCUCACAAGAAAGUGAAGACUCCCUGUGGCCGCUUCCCUGUGAGCAGAGAGGAGCGUUCCUCCCAGAACCCGGCACAGCAGACCGGCCCCACCGAGAGACCCCUGCUCCAGAAGCUUUUGGCAGCCCUGCUGUCCAUCUGGCCCCUGACUUGGCAUUUCAGGGUGACGGGGCUCCACCUCUGGAUGCCACCUGGCCUUUUGGUGCCAGUCACAGCCAUACUGCCCAGGGACAUUCUGCAGGCAGAGCAGGUGGGCGCUGCUACCCGACAGCAGGGAGGCCUGACUUUGAGGGUAAUGAGUUUGCACCGGCAGGGGCCUCCUCACUGCCUGCCCCCCGGGGCAGGGAGGCUUGGUUGGUCCCUGUGCCGAGUCCUGCUUGUGUGUCCAACACCCACCCCAGCAGGAGGUCCCAGGACCCAGCUUCGAGCCCCCUACGUCAGCUCCCGCUCCCGGGGCCCAGCCCGGCUGAGAGUGCAGAUGGCACCCUGGGCUUGCAGGAGCCGACACCUGCUGCCCAGAGACCUCGGCGAGUGAACCUCUCAGGUCGUGAAGGGAGCACUGUGGAAGGAGGGAAGGUGGCCUGUGGCCCUGCCCGGGGCUCCCCAGGGGGUGUGCAGGUGACAACUCUCCCUGCAGUGACCGGACAUCAGCUGGGGCUGGAGGCAGAUGGACAUCAAGGCUUGCUUGGCCAGGCUGAGAAAACCCAGGGCCAAGGCAGAGCCAACCAGCUUCAGCCAGAGAACAGGGGGAGCCCAGGGGGCAUGGAUAACCAUGCCUCGGUCAAUGCCAGUCCCAAAACAGUGCUGGCCAGCCCCGCCGAGGGUGCAGUCCUGCUGGAGAAGCACAAGGGAAGCAGGGCAGCCACGAGCCUUCAGGAGGAGGCCCAGCCCACCCCAAGCCCCCCAUCCCCUGAUAGGGAGUCCUUAGCGCUGGUCUUUACAGCAGCCCACACCCAAAAUGGAUCUGAGGGCCGGACUCCAGAGAGGGCAUCCAGCGCUGGCCUGAACAAGCCGCUGCUGGCCGCAGGGGAUAACCCAACACCCUCUGUUGAGGACCUGACCGCCUGCGCCCCCUCACCCACUCCAGCCACCCCCAUGCCCUGCAGCCUCAGGCCCCUCCCCCAUGAAGACCCACCCACCUCGCCUUCCAGUGCCGCCAAGGCCCAAGGUGGGCUGGGGGGGCAGCCGCCAGCAUCUCCAUCCUGCAGGGACCCUCCCGACCCCCAGCACCUGCUGGCCUGUUCUCCUGCCUGGGCACCUCUGGAAGAGGCAGAUGGUGUCCAAGCCACAACAGAUACUGGAGCUGGGGAUCCCCCAGUGGUUCCCCUGUCUUUGACAACAAGCCCCUGUGAUCCCAGGGAAGCCCUGGCUCAUUGCCUUCUCCAGGGUGAGGACAGCCCCCUGGAAGACCCUUCCUCCUGGCAUCCUGGCUCCAUCAGUGCCAUAACCUGCAGGCACAGCAGGGACAGCCACAAAGACAGCACGUUAAGAAUUCCGGAGGAUUCCAGAAAAGAGAAGCCGCGGGAGUCUCCUGGCCAAGCCACCUCUCGUCUGGCGGGGACUAUCUCCCCCAGCGUGGCCAUCAGGGCUGCUGGCCUGUCCAGCACUCCCACCAAAGAUGAGGCACAGGCAGGCAAGGGGCUCCCAGGGCCAGACCCCCAGAGCAGGGGAGCCCCGCCCCACACCAACCCUGACAGGAUGCCCAGGGGCCACUCCUCGUAUUCUCCAAGCAGUACUGCCCGCCUCGGCCACAGGGAGGGCCAGGUUGUCACAGCUGUGCCCACUGAGCCUCCCACGCUACAGGGUACAGGGCCAGACUCCCCCGCCUGCCUGGAAGGUGAGGUGGGGAGCAGCAGCAAGGAGCCCGAGGGCCCAGGGACCCCUGAGGCCGGGCGCUCUGGCGUUACCAAGAUGCCCAGGGCCACCUGCCCUUCCACAGGACUCUCCUUGGGCAGAACCACAGCUCCAAGCAGCACAGCCAGUGACUUCCAGUCUGACUCCCCCCAAAGUCACCGAAAUGCCUCCCACCAGACUCCCCAGGGGGACCCCCUCAGCCCCCAAGACCUCAAACAGAGGCCUCGUGGCUAUAAAAAGAAGCCUGCGUCUACAGAGAAUGGCCACUGGAAGGGCCAAGCUCCACACGGACCUGUGACCUGUGAGGUCUGCGCAGCCUCCUUCCGCUCCGGGCCGGGCCUGAGCCGGCACAAGGCCAGGAAGCACCGGCCACACCCGGGAGCCCCCGCGGAGCCAAGCCCAGCGGCCUUACCUGCUCAGCAGCCUCUGGAGCCCCUAGCCCAAAAGUGCCAACCCCCCAGGAAGAAAAGCCACAAGGUGCCUGGGAAGGAGAGACCAAAUCACUCACAGGGACACCCCAGCCACAUCGCCCAGCCAUCGCCUGCCCAGGGCCCAAAGGAGGUUCUCAGAACACAGGGGAACACAGGCUCCCCACAUAGCCAGCAGCUGCACCCUCCAAGCCCUGCUGAGCAUGGGGUGAAUGUGAAGGCUCUGGCCUCCAAGCCCAGAUCAGACCAGGCCAGGGAAGAUGAGCUCCAUCCCAAACAGGUAGAGAAAAGAGAAGGCCGGAGGUGGCGCCGAGAACCCACCGUGGACUCCCCCAGCCACUCAGAGGGGAAGUCAAAUAAGAAGAGGGGAAAACCAAGAGGUAGAAGGCUCCGGGAGGAGAGGGCUCCUCCAGCCUCUUCUGAUGAGAUUUCAGAUGGGCGCGGCUCCAGACCAUCCCCCGCAACGGCCAGUUACACAGCCCCUCUGAGCCACUGCCUCUCUGCAGAAGGAGGACCUGAGACUGACAGGGAGCAGCCGCCUCGCUUGGCCACGCCAGGGCCUGGGGUGAUGGAGGGUGCAGCGGAGACCGACCUGGAGGUUCUGUGUGCAGGGGAGACUGGGGUCCAGAAGCCACCUGGAGAUCAGAUGCUGCGUCCAGGGAGGAUGGACGGUGCAGCUCUGGGGGAACAGCCAGCUGGGCAGAAGGGAGCCUCGGCAAGGGGGCUCUGGGGACCGAGAGAGACCGAGGCGUUGGGUGUGUGCAAAGAGUCUGCGAGCGAGCCUGUGGAGGACAGCAGCUGGGCCCACAACAGAUCAGAGGAAGGCGUCUGGGAGGAGCACACGCCCGCCGUGGGCCCCCUGGGUUUUCCCGAGACUUCCAGCUCUCCAGCAGACGGCACUACCAGCAGCUGCCUCCAGGGCCUCCUGGACAACCCAGAUGCCCAGGGUGGAGUCCAGGGGCCUGAGGGCCCCACUCCUGAUGCCUCCGGCUCCAGUGCUGAGGAUCCUCCAAGCUUGUUUGAUGAUGAAGUCUCUUUCUCCCAGCUCUUCCCUCCGGGUGGCCGCUUGACUCGAAAGAGGAACCCGCGUGUCUAUGGGAAGCGCUGUGAGAAGCCGGAGCGCCCACUGCCAACCCAGCCCAGCUUCGAGGAGGGCAGCAGCCCCACGCUGGGCCCAGCCGGCCUGCCCACGGACCUCAGCGACUCCGGCUCCCUCUGCCUCUGCCAUGAGGACCCGUGGGAGGAUGAGGAUCCCACAGGUCUGCCCGAGUCCUUCCUCCUGGAUGGGUUCCUCAGCAGCAGGGUGCCUGGCAUUGAUCCCUGGGCUCCCGGCCUCAGCCUGUGGGCCCUGGAGCCCAGCAGGGAAGCUGGUGCAGAGCAGCUGCCCUCUCACUGCCCCGAGGAUGAUCGGCCUGAGUCCAUUCCUGAACUGCACAUGGUCCCAGCGGCUUGGCGAGGCCUGGAGCUGCCGGCCCCUGCCGACGACUCCUCCUCUUCUCUGGGAGACGUGAGCCCCGAGCCCCCCAGCCUGGAGAGAGAACGCUGUGACAGUGGGCUUCCCGGGAACGCCCACCUGCUGCCGCUCCGGGCCGCGGACUUUGAGGUGCUCAGCACCAAGUUUGAGAUGCAAGACCUGUGCUUUCUGGGACCCUUUGAAGAUCCAGUGGGUCUCCCCGGCACCAGCUUCUUAGACUUCGAGGCCACGCCAAGCUCCCAGGGGCCACAGAGCCCAAGGACAGAGGAGGCUGCAGGGGCAGAGAGGGCCCAAGGCAGAGGCCGGCCGGCCAAGGGCAAGCGGGCCUCCUACAAGUGCAGAGUGUGCUUCCAGCGCUUCCGCGGCCUGGGCGAGCUGGACCUGCACAAGCUGGCCCACAUGCCCGCACCGCCGCCCACCUGCUACAUGUGCGUGGAGCGCAGGUUCGGCUCGCGGGAACUGCUGCGGGGGCACCUGCAGGAGAGGCACGCACAGAGCAAGGCGGGGCCCUGGGCGUGCGGCAUGUGUCUGAAGGAGGUGGCCGACGUCUGGAUGUACAACGAGCACCUGCGAGAGCACGCCGUGCGCUUCGCCCGCAAGGGGCAGGCGCGGAGGUCCCUGGGGGAGCUGCCCAGAGGCCUGGAGGGCAGCAGCGCUAUUGCCCACCUUCUGAACAGCAUCAUGGAACCCGCGCCCAAACCCCACAGGGGCAAGCGCUCCGUCGGCAAGGCCGCCAGGAGCCCGGGAGACCCGUCGGGGCCAGAGGGAGACGCCGGGAAAGGGAGCCCAGGCGAGAGGGCGAAACCCCGAGCGCGCAGCACCCCCGGCAACCCAGACGGGGCGGCGACGCCAGACAGCGCCUCCGCCAACGCCCUGGCGGACGCCGGCAGCCCGGGCCUCCCCAAGACGACCCCCAGCCCGUCCCCCGACCCCUGGGCCGGCGGGGAGCCCCUCCUGCCCGCCGCCCCGGUGCACGAGGCCUGCAAGGACCCGUCCCGCGACUGCCACCACUGCGGGAAGCGCUUCCCCAAACCCUUCAAGCUGCAGCGCCACCUGGCGGUGCACAGCCCGCAGCGCGUCUACCUGUGUCCGCGGUGCCCCCGGGUCUACCCCGAGCACGGGGAGCUGCUGGCACACCUGGGCGCGGCGCACGGGCUGCGGGAGCGGCCGGAGCUGCAGCACACGCCGCUGUACGCCUGCGAGCUCUGCGCCACGGUGAUGCGCAUCAUCAAGAAGUCGUUCGCCUGCAGCUCCUGCAACUACACCUUCGCUAAGAAGGAGCAGUUCGACCGCCACAUGGACAAGCACCUCAGGAGAGGGCGGCAGCCCUUCACGUUCCGCGGCGUGCGGAGGCCGGGAGCGCCAGAGCAGAAGGCCCGGGCCCUCGAGGGCACACUGCCCAGCAAACGGCGCAAGGUGGCCAUGCCCGGCAGUGCCCCUGGGCCCAGCGAGGACCGGCCUCUUCCCCGGGGAGGCAGCCCCAUCCUGACAGUGGGCUCCCUCCCAGCCCUGCCCCACCUCUGCCCCGAGGUGGCUCCCAGCACCACCAAGGGAUGGCCUGAGACCCUAGAGAGGCCUGUAGACCCCCUGACCCACAUGAUCAGUGGUUGCGAUCUGCCAUCCGACCGCCGGGAGUGUCCUCCGCCGUCUCUGUCUCCCUUCCCAGCUGCCUUGGCUGAUGGCAGAGGGGAGUGUGCGCUGGACGGAGCCCUGAAGAGGCCAGAGAACGAGGCUUCUCCAGGCAGUCCCAGGCCUCUUCUCCAGCAAGCUCUCCCUCUGGGGGCAUCUCUGCCGCGGCCGCGAGCCAGAGGCCAAGAUGCGGAGGGAAAGAGGGCUCCUCUCCUGUUCUCAGGGAAACGCAGGGCCCCGGGUGCCCAUGGCAGAUGUGCCCCUGACCAUUUCCAGGAAGAUCACACCCUGCUUCAGAAAGAGAAGGAGGUGUCCUUAAGCCACAUGGUGUCUGAGGAGGGGCCCGGAGGCCCCUUCCACAAGGGCAGCACCACCAAGCCUGCGGGCUGUCAGAGCUCAUCAAAGGACAGGUCCGCAGCGUCCGCCCCCAGCAAAGCACCCAAGUUCCCAGUGCACCCAAGGAAGGCAGUGGGGAGCCUGGCACCCGGAGAGCUGACCCGUGGCACAGAGAAUGGGACGAAGCCCACCACCCCCAAAGCCAAACCAGGCCCCAGCUCCCAGGGCAGUGGAAGCCCUCGCCCCGGCACAAAGACGGGAGGUGGCAGCCAGCCCCAGCCAGCCAGCGGGCAGCUCCAGAGCGAGACAGCCACCACCCCAGCCAAGACCAGCUUCCCCACCCGGAGCCCUGCACCAGACAGGCUCCCCCCUCGAGCCCAAGCCAAGAGCUGCACCAAGGGGCCAAGGGAAGCCGGUGAGCAGGGGCCCCGCGGGAGCCCAGGUCCCAAGGAGAAGGGAGAGAGCGGUAUGAAGAGGAAAAAGGGCCAGCUCCCAGGGCCAGUCAGGAGUGAAAGUGUGGGGGGCUUCGGGAGAGGCCCCUCGGCCCCUGACAAGCCCCCCCGGACCCCUCGGAAGCAGGCAACUCCCAGCCGAGUGCUCCCGACCAAGACCAAGCCCAACAGCCAGAACAAACCCAGGCCACCCCCCUCAGAGCAGCGGAAGGCAGAGCCGGACCACACACACAGGAAGGACAGACUGGGCAAGGCCUUCCCCCAGGGGAGACCCCUGCUCAGGACCCCCAAGAGGGGCAGAGCUGUCCACGGUGCUGAACCUGCUGAGCCGCACACCCCCCGGACGGCCGAGGCCCAGAGUGACCUCCUCAGCCAGCUCUUCGGGCAGAGACUAACUGGCUUCAAAAUCCCUUUAAAGAAAGAAGCUCCUGAGUAAUUUCUAGGAGUAAGAGCCUGGGAGCGGAGCUGGGGGUUCCUGUCUGGGCCUGCCUCCUUGGCCAGCUCCAGCUCCCUGAGAUGAUUCACUCUGUGGCCACUUGACUUCUUGUGCGACUGCUCA